GCAGCGUGCGGGCAGUCCCUGCAGCAGCGGGCCCGCGCGUUUGGGGGCGAUGCUCACCUGCUCAGGUGACAUACGGCACGGGAGACCUAGGCGACGGUACACCGUCACCAUGAACAACCCCAUUCCAACCAGCUUGAAGUCGGAGACGAAGAAAGCCGCUAAAAUCCUGCGAGAGUUCACCGAGAUCUCGUCGCGCACCGGAGCCGACAAACUGAUCCCAGCUCAUGUGAUAGCGAAGGCGGAGGGCUUGGCCAUCAUCACCGUCAUCAAGGCCGGUUUCAUGAUCACCGCCCGGGGCGGCAGCGGCAUCGUCAUCGCGCGCCUCGCAGACAGACGCUGGUCCGCUCCGUCUGCCAUCGGCAUUGCUGGUCUAGGAGGAGGUUUCGAGAUCGGUGUCGAGGUCUCGGACCUGGUGAUCAUCCUGCUCCAGCGCCGGGCGGUCGAUGCCUUCACUAAAGGAGGGAAUCUGACGCUUGGAGGGAACUGCACCGUGGCAGUGGGGCCGAUGGGCAGGAACGUGGAGGCGGAUGUGCUCCUGCGCAGCACAGCGGCUGUGUUCACCUACUGCCACUCCAGGGGGCUGUUCGCCGGGAUCUCCCUGGAGGGGUCCUGCCUCAUAGAGCGCAAGGAGACCAACCAGAAGUUCUACUCCCAGGUGAUCCGGGCGUCGGCUAUCCUGAACGGAGACGUGGAGCCUCCGGCCGCCUGCCACGACCUCUACCGGGUCCUGGACCAGUACACCGACGCCUACACCGACGCCUGGACCAGCAAGCACCUGGGGCCCAAGGUACCACACACAUAUACACCGACGCCUACACCGACGCCUGGACCAGAAAGCACCUGGGGCCCAAGGGUACUGGUCCAGGACCUCUACCGGGUCCUGGACCAGUACACCGACGCCUACACCGACGCCUGGACCAGCAAGCACCUGGGGCCCAAGGCCGGCCCAGCGAGGCCCAGAGCCCCGAGCCGCCCCCCCAGCUACUGCGCCCCCCCCCCAGCCAAACCAACUCUAUACCCCAGUCUCUCGGUCUACAAACCCCCCAAUGCAGCAGGAGGGGCUCCGGGUCCAGAGGGGCCCAGCGGACCCCUGGUCGUCACGGCAACACAUCCGUUCACCGGCCAGCAGCCGGGGGACCUGAGCAUCGCCCCCGGCGACCGCAUCACCGUGGUAACCAGGACGGAGUCGGAGUACGACUGGUGGGAGGGCCGGCUGGCCGACGGCCGCACCGGCAUCUUCCCCGCCAACUUCGUCUCCUGGAGCUGAUGCUAACGGCUACGCUAAUCACACGCUACAUACACGCUACAUACAUGCCACUCACAUGCUACCUACCUCACAUGGCUACUGGUUUAGGGUUAAGACUGUUUCGGGGUUUAAACUGGUUUAGGGUUAAGACUGUUUUGGGGUUUAAACUGACUUAAGGAUAAAUAUUGUUUCAUGGUUAAAGGCUGUGAACUUUUAAACAGGUUUAAGGUAGUAACUGGUUUAAAGUUAACUAAGGUUUAAGGUCAAGUCUGGUUCAUGGUUAAAACUGGUUCAUGGUUAACACGUGUUAACUCGUCCUGUUAUUUAUAAUCCCUUGGGUUGGUAUAUUAAUGUCUGUUAUUCACAAGGAAGUGCCAUUUAUGGACAUGUCUGGUGUGACUUUGAUAUGAGAACAAUAAAGUUUAUUUUAUGUAACACGUUCCUCCGUUAUUUAGAGGAAAUCUAUGGGGUCAGAACAGUCUCAUUAAUAAUGAAUGCACAGAGAAAGAUUCACAAAUGUAUUUUGUGAUUUAUAUAUAAAUUACUCUCACAAAUACAUUUCAAUUCACACACAAAUGGAAAUCUGUAUUUAUAAAUCUAAAAUAAAACCAUAAACAAACAUAAGUUUCACAAACACAUUUCUGAUCCACACACAAAUGUGUCUUGUUUUGAAUAAAUAUAAUAUAAAUCCAUAAAUAUAUUAAUGUGCUGAUUUCUGAAACGUGUUUUGCUGUGCAAAGCACGUUUCAGCAUCUAUCUGAUUCCGCAUAAGGUUUCAUUGAUUGGCUCUCUAGUCUAGAAUAUUUGUAGACAUUAAAAAUGCAACAUUCCAUAAUUCAAACGCAGAGGCUAGGCAUUGACACGCGCCUGCUGCUGAAC